CAGCGAGCUCGCUGCUUGGUACUUGAGGAGGUUCCGCUCUUGGCUGUCAGAGCCGUGGCCAAAGUCCGGUCCCUGGAUCGCGGAGAGCGGCGGUGCCAGGAGGCUCGGCGGGCUCCCUUUCAGGUGUACGUCCGCGAGCGGCCUAUGCUGUUUAGCACUAAUGGGUGUAAGCAAGUUAGAUAUUCUAUACCGAAGACUUCUCCUCACAAAACUUUUCAUCAGAGGAUGGGGAAGGCCAGAAGAUCUCAAGAGACUCUUUGAAUUCAGAAAGAUGAUUGGAAAUCGAGAAAAGUGUCAAAGCCUGGUUUCAAGAGACUAUCCAGUACACAUUGACAAGGUUGAGGAACAGUCAGAUUGUAAGAUCCUAGAUGGACACUUUGUUUCUCCCAUGGCCCACUAUGUACCUGGUAUCAUGCCAAUUGAGUCUGUUACUGCAAGGUUCCAGUUUAUCGUGCCUAAGGAAUGGAAUGGCAGAUACAGACCUGUGUGCAUUCAUCUGGCUGGAACAGGAGACCAUCAUUACUGGAGGCGUAGAACUCUCAUGGCCCGUCCUAUGAUUAAGGAGGCCAGAAUGGCUUCAUUAUUGCUAGAAAACCCUUAUUAUAUCCUUUUGUGGAAGCCCAAGGACCAAGUAAGAUCCAGCUUAAAAAAUGUCUCUGACCUAUUUGUGAUGGGAGGCGCUCUUAUUCUAGAGUCUGCAGCUCUCUUGCACUGGCUGGAGAGGGAAGGCUACGGACCUCUUGGGAUGACCGGAAUAUCCAUGGGAGGACAUAUGGCCUCCUUAGCAGUGUCCAACUGGCCCAAGCCCAUGCCAUUGAUUCCAUGCCUGUCUUGGUCCACAGCAUCUGGAGUCUUCACUACGGGUGUAUUAAGUAAAUCAAUUAAUUGGCGGGAGCUGGAAAAGCAGUAUUAUACACAGACAGUUUAUGAAGAAGAAAUUAUUCAUAUGCUUGAAUACUGUGGGACAGACUCUUUCAAAAUGGAACAUGAGUUCAUGAAACACUUCCCUAGCCCUGCAGACAAGCUGACUAACCUGAAUCUGGUUUCUAGAACUUUAAAUUUAGAUAUGACAGACCAAGUUGUAUCCCCAAAGCAUGCUGAGUGCCAAAAUUCUGGUAAAACAUCUAUCAGUGCUACUUCAAAAGGUCACCUGCUGCAAGAUGCCACUAAGAUGGAAUGCUUGAAUCAAACACUCGCAACUAACAAAAGUCGUUAUACAAGUCACACCUCUCAGUCAUUUCACCUGCUCAACAGAGAAAAAAGAAGAAGCAGUCUUCAAAAAGAAUCUUUAAUAUUCAUGAAAGGAGUCAUGGAUGAAUGCACCCAUGUAGCAAACUUCUCAGUUCCAGUUGAUCCAAGCCUCAUUAUAGUGGUACAAGCCAAAGAAGAUGCCUAUAUUCCACGAACAGGAGUUCGAAGCCUACAAGAAAUUUGGCCUGGUUGUGAAAUCCGGUACCUAGAAGGGGGUCAUAUCAGUGCUUAUCUUUUUAAACAAGGACUCUUCAGACAAGCCAUCUACGAUGCCUUUGAACGUUUCCUUCAUAAAUAUGCUAACUAAUUGGAUCAAUGUAUUGUAUAACAUCUUAUUUCCUACUAAAAGAGUUUGCCCUAUGGUGAUGUGAAAAACAAGCAGGCAGCACUACAUACAUGAUUGUUGCUAAAUUAGUCUAUAUGCCAGUGUUACGGGUCAGUUACCAACUAUAGAUACAUUUCAAUAAUGUAAAAGCAGUACUUGAAUCAUACCAUCCUAAAGUAUUUGUUACUCUUUUAAAACUCUCAUAUACCUAAUAUGACAUCUGUUGUUACUAUUUAUGGAAACAUUUAUAAUUAUGAAUAAUUUAUUGAUUCAGAAUAAAUAGAAACCCUAUUGGUUUUUAAUAGAAUUGUUGAAAUUAAGACUGUAACAUCACAUGUACUGUAUACCGUUAUGGCAUUUUGCUAUUAACUUGAGUUUUUAAAAAACUGUGUCCAUCCUUUUUGUCUGUGUACUGCCAUAAAAAUACCCAAGAUAUGUAAAUCAAUGUCAUCUUUGAGUUAUGAAAAUAUCCUGACUGCUCAGCUGUAACCCAUUCCAUACUUGUAAUCCCAGCACUUGAGAGAUGGAGGCAGAAGGGCCGGAGUCCAGUCAUUCUCCUUGACAUAGCAAAUUUGACACCAGCCUGAGAUACAUGAGACUGUGUCUCAAAAAUAUGCCUGGUAUGGUAGCUCAUACCUUUAAUCCCAGCAGGUAGGAGGCAGAGGCAGGCAGAUUUCUAUCAAGUUCAAGACCAGUCUGAUCUAUAUAUCAAGUUUUGGG